AUGUGAUAUCUGUAAGAAUCCUUAAGGGUUUUUCCUCCGAUAAUGAAAACCUGAUAAUGCAAUGCCUGGGUUUCCUCAGGCCUAUAUCAGUAUGGGUUGAUACCGAUACAGGCCUGGAGGUCAGUACAGUAAUCUCAAUAUCAAGACUGUGCAGAUGAUGUCAUCACCGUUCUUUCUGCUUCAGGGUGCAAGGGUUUAAGGAGAAUGUUGGCGGUGGAUUCAACCCAGAGCAGACGAUGACGUCCACUCGUGUGUCCCUGCUCUUCAGUCGUCUCUCUCUCUCUCUGCCGUCAGCUGAAUGGUUGCCAUGGGAGCCGUUGUUCUGUGACGUCAUGCCGCUGUAUCCCAGUGAAACCCAGCUCCAUGCUGUCCCCUCAUUAUCAGGAACACGGCAGCGCGGUGGCAUGGCCUCAGGCCUCGCCCUGCUCCUCCACGUCUCAGGGUCCGAACCGGCCGCCGCGCUGCCGCCCACCGCCGAUCAGCGGGAGCAGCGUGGGUCCCAACCCCACCUACUAUCAUGCCGUGUACGACGUCCGGGUGGAGCCCUUCCUCAGCGGGGGCAGAGGCAGUUACGGGGUUCACUCUGGCCACAGCUCCACGUCACUGGUCACCGGUCACUCCGACCUGACGACCCCCCCGGUCCGCAGGAGGGGAGGAGUGGUGGACCACAGGGACAUCAUCCUGGCCCACCAGGCCCACAAGAAGCACAACACACCGCAGGCCAGAAGGAAGCAGUGGGAAAUGGCACGUUUUGGAGACGAGGUACCCAACAGGUAUGGAGGAGGAGGUGGCGGCGGCGGAGGCGGGGGUGCCGGCGGACAAGGGGUGCCCGGCCGUGGCGGGAGCAGGCAAGGGGGACCCCCGGGGGCCCAGCGGGUGUACAAGCAGUCGAUGGCCCAGAGAGCUCGGACCAUGGCCCUGUACAAUCCCAUCCCCGUACGGCAGAGCUGCCUCACGGUCAACCGCUCCCUUUUCCUCUUCAGCGAGGACAACGUGGUGAGGAAGUACGCCAAGAAGAUCACCGAAUGGCCUCCAUUUGAAUGGAUGAUCCUCACCACCAUCAUCGCAAACUGCAUCGUUCUGGCUCUGGAGCAGCAUCUUCCUGAUGGAGACAAGACGCCUUUGUCCGAGCGACUGGAAGAGACAGAGCCCUACUUCAUAGCCAUCUUCUGCUUUGAGUCUGGGAUCAAGAUCCUCGCUCUGGGUUUUGCGUUACACAAGGGCUCCUAUCUGAGGAACGGCUGGAACGUCAUGGACUUCGUGGUCGUGCUCACUGGUAUCUUGUCAUCAGUGGGCUCUCAGCUCGACCUGAGGACACUACGAGCUGUCAGAGUGCUGCGACCUCUGAAGCUAGUGUCAGGAAUCCCCAGCCUGCAGGUGGUGCUCAAGUCCAUUAUGAAGGCCAUGAUCCCUCUGCUACAGAUUGGCCUGUUGCUGUUUGUGGCCAUUCUCAUGUUCGCCAUCAUCGGCCUGGAGUUCUACAUGGGAAAGUUUCACACCACCUGCUAUGACGAGAUCACAGGCGAGACCAAGGACGAAACGCCAUGUGGACUCGAGCUGCCGUCACGCCUGUGUCCUAACGGUACUCUGUGUAGAGGUGGCUGGCUGGGACCCAACUACGGCAUCACCCAGUUUGACAACAUCCUGUUUGCAGUGCUCACCGUCUUCCAGUGCAUCACUAUGGAGGGAUGGACAGACAUGCUCUACUACAGUAACGAUGUAGAGGGCAGUGCCUGGAACUGGAUGUACUACAUCCCUCUCAUCAUCAUCGGCUCCUUCUUCAUGCUCAACCUGGUGCUGGGUGUACUCUCAGGUGAAUUUGCCAAAGAGAGAGAGCGAGUCGAGAACAGGAGCGAGUUCCUCAAGCUGAGGCGACAGCAGCAGAUCGAGAGAGAGCUCAACGGCUACCUGGAGUGGAUCUGCAAAGCAGAGGAAGUGAUUCUGGCCGAGGAAGACACCACAGAAAACUUUGAUGGUGCGAGGCGAAGGCCAACCAUUAAAACCAAAAACAACAAAACGGAGCUGCUGAACACGGAGGAGGGCGAGGACAACAUGGGAGACGCCGUAGGUUUUGCCCACACCAGCAUAAAGAAUGGUAAAGAUACGCAAUACAGCAAGAAGGAGCGACGGAUGAGAUUCUUCAUCCGCAAGAUCGUGAAGACCCAGGUUUUCUACUGGACCGUUCUGUGCCUGGUCGGCCUCAACACCAUGUGUGUGGCCGCCGUGCACUAUGACCAGCCGGAGCUCCUCUCUGACUUCCUCUUCUAUGCAGAGUUCAUCUUUCUGGGUUUGUUUAUGUCCGAGAUGCUGAUCAAGAUGUACGGACUGGGCAUCCAGCCUUACUUUCACUCCUCAUUCAACUGCUUUGACUGUGUGGUAAUCGUGGGCAGCAUCUUCGAGGUGGUGUGGGCCACCAUCAAACCAGGCACGUCCUUUGGGAUCAGCGUGUUGCGAGCUCUACGACUGCUGCGCAUCUUUAAAGUUACCAAGUACUGGGCUCCUCUUCGGAACCUGGUGGUUUCCCUCCUAAACUCCAUGAAGUCCAUCGUCAGUUUGCUGUUCCUGCUCUUUCUCUUCAUCGUUGUCUUUGCGUUGUUGGGGAUGCAGUUGUUUGGAGGACAAUUCAACUUUGAGAACGGAACACCACCGACCAACUUUGACACGUUCGCUGCAGCGAUUAUGACAGUCUUUCAGAUCCUGACGGGUGAGGACUGGAACAUGGUGAUGUACGACGGCAUCGAGUCCCAGGGAGGAGUCAACGACAAGGGAAUGGUCUUUUCCAUCUUCUUCAUCGUCCUCACACUUUUUGGCAACUACACUCUGCUUAAUGUGUUCUUGGCCAUCGCUGUUGACAAUCUGGCCAACGCUCAGGAGCUCACCAAGGAUGAGGAGGAACAAGAGGAAGCGGCCAAUCAGAAGACGGCGCUGCAGAAGGCGAAGGAGGUGGCAGAAGUCAGUCCUCUGUCAGCGGCCAACCUGACCAUAGCUGCGAAGGAGCAGCAGAAGAACCACGCCAAGGGCAACAAGUCCGUGUGGGAGCAGAGGACGAGCGAGAUCAGGCGUCAGAACCUGAUGACGAGCCGGGAGGCGCUCUAUAACGAGCUGGAGCAGGAGGACUGGAAGGUGGGAGAGGAGGGAGAGGAGGUGUCCUACCCACGAAAAGCUCGUGGUGACAUGAAGACCCACUUAGACCGACCCCUGGUGGUCAACCCGCAGGACAACCGCAACAACAACACCAACAAAACUCCACCUGGCGAGCUGCCUCUGGAGCAGGAGUACCGUCAGCAGGACAUCGACCACGUCCACCGAGCCUCCCACUACAGCCACCACCACCACCACCACCACCACCAUCACCACCACCACCAGAAAACCACUCAGCCACAGGCGGGAGACACGGGUCAGACGACAGAGACUCAAGUCAAGCACGGUUUCAGCUGCACGUCUCUGGGAAAUGUGGAGGUCAGCGCUGAAGGUCAGCAGGGCGAAGAGAGGCGGAGUCACAGGAGCCACCGCGGCCACAGGCACAGGAACCGGGAGGGUAAGGAGACCUGCAGUGCGUCACCACACCCGAGCGAGGGUGGAGAGGGCAACGGCGAGCACAAGAAGUCCAAGCAGCACCGCAGGGCGAACAAAGAGGGCGAGGAAGGCAGCAGGAGACACAGAUCCAAGGGGGGAGAUGUAGAGAGGGAGAAAGGGGAGGAUGGAGAGGGACGCAAGACCAGACGGCAUCGCCAUAGCAACCAGGACAGGAGCAGGGGACAUCGCAGUCGAAAAGAACACCACGGCCCCGCUCUCAGUCUCUCCACCACCCGACCCAUCCAGCAGUACAACGAGGACCUGGACAACUUCCGCAACAACAGCAAACUUGCCAUCGCCCACGAGCAUCCUUACGCCCUCCCACCGGACCACCCGGACCACCCCGACCACAUCAACAACCUGUUGAACUGCCGCGACUCCGACACACACACCCUCCUGCACAGCAUGGACAGUCUGAUCCUCACGAGCAUGGUCAAACCUGACUACACAGCCAUCGACAUGCCCCCCGUCUACCCGUACCCGUCCACCAACGCCAUCCUGCAGAUAAACAGGAACGCCAACACGGAUCAGAAAAAGAGUGAGGAGAAGAAGGAGGAGGAGGACGAAGGCGGAGAUGACGACGGACCCAAACCGAUGCCUCCGUUCAGCUCCUGCUUCAUCCUGUCGACCACCAACCCGUUUCGGGUGUGCUGUCACUACAUCCUGACCCUGAAGUACUUUGAGUUCAGCAUCCUGUCCGUCAUCGCCAUGAGCAGCAUCGCCCUCGCUGCGGAGGACCCCGUGUGGCCGGACUCACCGAGAAACAAUGUGCUGCGUUAUUUUGACUACGUUUUCACAGGCGUCUUCACAUUUGAAAUGUUGAUUAAGAUGGUGGUGCUGGGCUUGUUUCUUCACCAGGGCUCCUACUUCCGUGACCUUUGGAACAUUCUGGACUUUAUAGUGGUUAGUGGUGCUCUGGUGGCCUUCGCCUUCACGCCGACCAGCACCCGGGGGAGCAGCAAGGGCAAAGACAUCAGUACAAUCAAGUCCCUUCGAGUACUAAGGGUACUGCGGCCUCUCAAGACCAUCAAGCGACUCCCCAAGUUAAAGGCCGUGUUCGACUGUGUGGUCAACUCUCUGAAGAACGUCCUGAACAUCCUCAUCGUCUACAUGCUCUUCAUGUUCAUCUUUGCUGUCGUUGCCGUGCAGCUGUUCAAGGGACGCUUCUUCUACUGCACCGACGAGUCCAAGGAGUUUGAGCGUGACUGCAGGGGCGAGUACUUGGUGUAUGAUAAAGACGAGGUUAAAGCUCAGAAGCGGGAGUGGAAGAAGUACGAUUUCCACUACGACAACGUGGCUUGGGCCCUGCUCACCCUCUUCACUGUGUCGACAGGAGAGGGGUGGCCGCAGGUGUUAAAGCACUCAGUGGACUCCACCUAUGAGAAUCAGGGCCCUAGCCCGGGUUACAGGAUGGAAAUGUCCAUCUUUUACGUGGUGUACUUCGUUGUCUUCCCCUUCUUCUUCGUAAACAUCUUCGUGGCUCUGAUCAUCAUCACCUUCCAAGAACAGGGGGACAAGAUGAUGGAAGACUACAGCUUAGAAAAGAACGAGAGAGCCUGCAUAGAUUUCGCCAUCAACGCCCGACCUCUGACUCGCCACAUGCCGAAGAACAAGCUAAGCUUUCAGUAUCGAAUGUGGCAGUUUGUCGUUUCUCCGCCCUUCGAGUACAGCAUCAUGGCUCUGAUCGCGCUCAACACCAUCGUCCUCAUGAUGAAGUUUGAUGGUGCAUCAGAAACCUACGAUGACGUCCUGAAGUACCUCAACAUCGUUUUCACAACUUUCUUCUUCAUGGAAUCAAUCUUGAAGAUCAUCGCUUUUGGUCCUCUGAACUACUUCAGAGACGCCUGGAACAUUUUUGAUUUUGUCUCCGUCCUUGGAAGCAUCACAGACAUAUUAGUGACAGAGUUAGGGAACAACUUCAUCAACCUGAGCUUCCUCAGGCUCUUCAGAGCCGCUCGCCUCAUCAAGCUGCUCAGACAGGGAGAAACCAUCCGCAUCCUGCUCUGGACCUUUGUCCAGUCCUUCAAGGCUCUGCCGUACGUGUGCCUGCUCAUCGCUAUGCUCUUCUUCAUCUUCGCCAUCAUCGGCAUGCAGCUGUUUGGUAACCUGGCACUGGAUGAGAAGGGUGAAAGUGCCAUCAAUGAGCACAACAACUUCAGAACCUUCAUCAUGGCCCUGAUGCUGCUGUUCAGGAGUGCCACUGGGGAAGCCUGGCACGAAAUCAUGUUGGCGUGCCUGGGAGGCCAGGAGUGUGAUCCAGCCUCAGGGAACACGGAGCCCGAGUGUGGCAGCACCUUCGCCUACACCUACCUCGUCUCCUUCAUAUUUCUCUGCUCUUUUUUGAUGCUGAACCUGUUUGUGGCCGUCAUCAUGGACAACUUUGAGUACCUGACCAGAGACUCGUCUAUCCUUGGUCCGCAUCACUUGGAUGAGUACGUAAGGAUAUGGGCCGAGUACGAUCCUGCCGCCUGCGGGCGCAUACAUUAUAAGGAUAUGUACAGUUUAUUGCGAGUUAUCUCCCCUCCCCUGGGCCUUGGCAAGAAAUGCCCUCAUAGGGUGGCCUGCAAGAGGCUGCUGCGUAUGGAUCUGCCCGUCGCCGAUGACAACACAGUGCAUUUUAACUCCACCCUCAUGGCUCUUAUCAGGACUGCACUGGAUAUAAAGAUCGCCAAGGGAGGUGCAGACAAGCACCAGAUGGACGCAGAGCUGAGGAAGGAGAUGAUGGCGAUUUGGCCAAACUUGUCUCAGAAGACGCUGGACCUGCUGGUAACGCCGCACAAGGCAGCCACAGACCUGACGGUUGGCAAAAUCUACGCCGCCAUGAUGAUCAUGGAAUACUACCGUCAGAGCAAGACCAAAAAGCUGCAGGCGCUGCGUGAGGAACAGAACCGAACGCCAUUAAUGUUUGAGCGCAUGGAGCCGCCGGAGGGGGGCGGCACCGACGAUCAGGGAGGUCAGGGAGGUCAGGAAGGUCAGGGAGUCAAUGGCCUCCCCAUCACCCAGCCAGACAACAUCAACAGCAUACCUCCAGAGGGCGGCAUGACCGAGAGCCAGUCCUGGGUGACGGCCAAAGCCCAGGAAAUGUUCCAGAAGACGGGGAACUGGAGCCCAGACAGACCGUACCCCGACGACCUUCACGACAACCGUCACAACCCGCAGACGGUAGAGAUGAGGGAGAUGGGGCGGGACGGGUACUCCGACACUGAGCCCUAUCACCCAGUGGAUGGGCAUGGGCGGACCCUCUCCAUGCCCCGCCUCUCGACAGACAACCAAAGAGUUCAUGCUGUCUCGCGGAGGAGACACAAGCCCCGUGGAAAUAACCUCAGUACCAUCACCGACACCAGUCCGAUGCGCCGCUCCACCUCCAGUCUGGUCCACGGGCGCUCGGGUCGUGGCGUGAGGCUGGACGACUACUCCCUGGAGAGGGUGGUGUCUGAGGAGGGGAGACACGGGGGAGGGCGCAGACACUGGGACAGGAGUCAUCGCACGUCACAGCGCUCUCUGACCAGAUACACAGACGCCGACACGGGUGAGACGCACACUGAGGUCACGGGACUGGGCACAGACCUCAGCACCACCACGCAGUCAGGUGACCUCCCACCGAAGGAGCGCGAGCGAGACCGCGGCCGCACCAAGGACCGUCGCCACCACCAUCACCACCACCAUCACCACGGCUCCAUGGAAAAGGAGCGAUACGGCCACGACCGCCACGACUACCCGCACAGGCAUCCGCACGACCGCCACUGGUCCAGGUCGCCCAGCGAGGGGCCGGACGGGCGAGGACACAGACAGGGCAGUAGUUCAGUCAGCGGCAGCCCGGUCCCCUCCACGUCGGGAACCAGCACUCCACGGAGAGGUCGACGUCAGCUGCCCCAAACCCCAGCUGUACCUCGUCCUCACGUCACCUACUCCCCUGCGGUCCGCAAGCCCAGCUACGGUCCACCAGGACCGGGCCGCCUGCGCUCGCCCUCCCCUCGACACUUCUCCCCACCAGAUCACGACAGAGGCUACCAUCAUCGGCCCCCGUCUCGCCAGGCCUCUCCCCACCACGGGGGUUCUUCAUCCCGUCACGGUUCUCCACGCUCACCGCGGCACCAGUCCCCGCGCUCGCCCCUCCACGGCUCACCCAGGUCCCCUCAUCGAGGCCGGUGGAGCGGGCCCCCGCCCGGCGACAGCCUGGAGGGCGACGGGCCUUUCUAUGAGCACGAUUACGAAUACGAGCGGCACCACGAGCCGCCCGCCUACGAGCAGAGUUUGUCCCACGGAAACCCACACCCCCACGGGGGAAAUCCUCACCCGCACCCACGCUCACCCAGGACUGCCCGCCACGGCCCCCCUCCGCCCCCGCACCCGCAUCCACGGAGGGUGCCCAAUGGCUAUCGUUCAUCCUCGCCGUCCCCGCAUCGGCGGGGUCCGCCAGGGGCUCCUCCCCACCCUCACCACCGCCCCCCUCACACACGAGGGCCCCGAAAGGGCCUUCACGAACCUUACAGUGAGACGGAUGAAGACGACUGGUGCUAGCGACGACAGGGAGCGUGGGACAAUGGACAGGAGAGGAGGAGCAGCAGCAGCCUCCCGUGCUCUGGCCUUGGAGAUGAAGACUUUUUUAGUAACGGUGGAAGUGUUUGAUGGGAAGGAGCUGGUAGUUCUCAAAACCCUUUUACUCCUUUUCCCCCUCGGAUAUUCAAAGAGAGAAAAGGGUGAGGGGGGGGGCUGCACUGGUGCUGCGGUAGCCUUGAGACAUGUUUUGUGUAAGACUCGAAUCACUAACAGAGCAGCACAUGAAAAAAAAACAAAAGUGAGAAAAAGACAGCGGAGAUGGAGAGGGUGAUUUUCAGGAACAGUUCACUUCUGCCUCUCUUUCUCAGAACAACACUUUCCACUCCUCUCUUCUUGACCAGCAAGUCCAGGCCGUAGGAGGAAGAAAGACAAGCGGGGAGGGACAACAGAAGAGGGAGGAGCAUGGAGGAGCAUGUGAUUGGUUAGUUUAUUGGUUGUUGCGUUUGGAUCUGCUGCCGUCCAUUUUGCUAAAAUAAGAGCUGGAACACAGAGUCUACGGCUUUGACUCUGCCGCUCAAUGGGUAUGUUUAAAAUUAAAAAAAAAAAAAAACACACAAAAAAACUACAACAACAAUAAAAGAGAAAAAGCCAGGAGCCCCUAACCCUUACAUGCCAAGCUAUGCCUCCAGAAAAUCAAACUUGAACAAUGAAGAUGAAAUGAAUCUUUACGUGACAAAAUUGUGAAAAGAAAAAAAGGAGAAAAACCAAUUCUUUAUCGUGAACUGUUUUCCAAAGGACAGAACCGGGAAGCUCCGCCUAUACUGCAAAAACCAGCCAAUCCCAGUGCUGGCUGAUAUUUGAUGAGUUUUAUCAUCUCUGUUUACUGUUAAAGACUUUACUUAAUAAUGACAGAACAGGUGUGGCAUCACUUCCUGUCUGGCGCUGGCGGUGGUACAAAGGGGAAAGGCACAGUGCGGGCUCGCUUCCUGUUGGAGUGGGCACAGAGGGGAGUGGGGUGACCUCAGUUAGCUCGAGCAGGGAGCUGGACACUUGGCGAAAGCCCCCACCCCCGCCUCCUCGCUUGCACGUCUCGGCGCACGGCUAACGAAGACCUGACAGGAAAUGACAUCACACGGUUGAAUGGGCGGAGGAGAGGAAAAAAAGGAAUGGGAUGGAAAAAAAAAACAGACCUUCUUCAGUAUUUCUUCUCUCUAUUACUUCUCCUUCUUUUUCUUCUUCAGACAUUGAAGCUUGGUUCUUCUGUUGCAUUCGCUCAGCCUCCUUUGAUCUUUUUCAAGGUUCAAAAUUUGAUGGAAAUCUGCAUGAUCGAUUAAAUACAUACUAGAGAGAACAUGUAACUGGUGUGGGUGGGACCUGGGGCUUUUUAGGUAACUUUGCUUCUUUAGGUUUACAAAAGAGGUUUUCUUCUUUCAGACUGUCUCUCUCUGACAUAUUAAAUGUGUUUCUUCGGUUUCCCUUUUUGCCCCCCUCUACCCCCCCAAAAAAAAAAAAACGGCUCUGGCAUUUGGCUAAUAUGCCUGUCUGCUCCUCCCGCCGAUGCAGUUCCAAAGCUACUUUUCUACAUCUUUUCAGAGUCUGGAGACUCUGCAGGAACACGUUACUGUUUCCUGUUGUUAUGACAACAGAGAGAGAGAGAGCUGAGAGUGGCAGACUUCUACCACACUUGAUUUAUUUAUUGUUAAUGAUGAUAGUCUUAUGAAAAAUGAAAUCAAUGUCAAUGCAAAAUAAUGACUACAAUGACUGACUGAUUGAUCGACUGAUUGAUUGAUUGAUGGAUUGACUGAUAGUGUUGCUGUGGAUUUGUUGUCGCGUUAUUUGGAGUUCACGUCGGCUAUGCUAAUGUCCAUCUGGUUUACAUGGUUUGUGUUCCUGUUCCCCUGUUUGAUGAAGUUUACCAGGUUCCCGAUGCCUUUUCACAACACUGGGGCACAGAGGCUCGGGGAACAUUUCACUUUGCAGCGUUGCGUGUUAUAACGCAACUUUAAAGUCACUCUGCAGAACGGUGGAGGCGGAGAUCACAGGGAUUCUUCCCACCUUGCAAUGAUUUAUGGGCUCAGUUCUCUUUGUCAAACCCAAACCCAAAGAUCAAGUAUUUACAUUCACAGCCAGGAGUUUUUUUGAGGAUUUUCAAGAAUCUCUGUUGUGAAAAAAUGGUUUAAGCUCAUGAGCAAUUGAAAAAAAAAAAA